AUGCCCGGGGCGGGUGGCACAGCUCUCCAGGAGGCAGGGACCUGCUCACAACCCAGACCAGACUGGAGCAACCUCGGAGCUCCCUCCCAGGCUUUGGGCUGCAGCAUCUUCCCCUCCAGGAUGGCCCCAGCGGCCAGAGGAGCUGGUGCUGCCCCGCGGCAGGAUGGGGGGGAUGUCACCUGCCCGCUGCUCUUCAUCCAGCUCAACCAGCUCCUCAGCACCCCAGAGGGGCUGGAGUGGAGGGAGAUGGCCAGGUGGAUAAAGUUCGAGGAGAAGGUGGAGGAUGGUGGGGAGCGCUGGAGCGCACCCCACGUCCCAGCCCUCCCCCUGCACAGCCUCUUCCAGCUGAGGACAUGCCUGCAAAAGGGGACGGUGCUCCUGGAUCUGGAUGCCGCCAGUUUCAAGGAAAUAAUCGACAAGGUGCUUUCUGGGCAUCCCGAGGAAGCAGAGCUGCAGCCUGCAUUGAGGGAACGCCUGACAGCCCUCCUGCUCCUCCAGCCACGGCACCAGCCCACGAAAUCCCUGCUGCAGCUCCUCGCCGAGCUCACCCUCUCUCCCUGCCGAGGGAAGGCCAAAGGCAGGUCUGAGCCCAGAGCCCAGCUCUCCAAAACGCCUCUUAAGGAGCAGCUGAGAAACCGCUUUAGGAAGAAGGUCCCACCGGGAGCUGAAGCUGCCCACGUUGCUGUGGGUGAAGUGGAAUUCCUGGAGAAGCCCGUCACUGCCUUCAUUCGCCUCAGGCACGGGGUGUCCCUCGGCUCACUGGCUGAAGUUGCUCUCCCCAGCAGGUUCCUCUUCAUCCUGCUGGGUCCCCCCAAGGUGAAAGCCUACCACGAGGUUGGCAGGGCCAUGGCCACGCUGCUGAUGGAUGAGCUCUUCCAAAGGGUUGCCUGGCAGGCUGAGCACCGAGAGGACCUCAUCACAGGGAUGGAGGCGUUCCUGGAUGAGCUGAUUGUGCUUCCUCCCGGGAAAUGGGACCCCAGUGCCCGAAUUCCUCCACCAAGCUCUCUGUCAUCUCCGUGCAGGAGUGUCCCCCAGGUGCAGCUGGCCCCUGAGGGUCCCAACCUGAAGCCUGAGCUGGAGAGGACGGGCAGGAAGGCACCGUGGUACUGCAGUGACUUCUCCGACGCCCUGCACCCCCAGUGCCUCUCGGCAGUGCUCUACAUCUACCUGGCCACGGUCACCAACGCCAUCACCUUCGGGGGCAUGCUGGGGGACGCCACUGCCAACAUGCAGGGGGUGCUGGAGAGCUUCCUGGGCACGGCCUUUGCUGGCUUCAUCUUCUGCCUCUUUUCGGGCCAACCCCUGACCAUCCUGAGCAGCACCGGCCCCAUGCUGGUCUUUGAGCGCCUCCUCUUCUCCUUCAGCCAGGACCACAGCCUGGACUAUCUGGAGUUCCGCCUCUGGAUUGGGCUCUGGGUGGCCUUUUUCGGCGUGGUGCUGGUGGCCACUGAGGCCAGUCACCUGGUGAGGCACUUCACCCGCUUCACCGAGGAAGGCUUCUGUGCACUCAUCAGCCUGAUAUUCAUCUACGACUCCCUGAAGAAGAUGCUGAGCCUGGCAGACGCCUUCCCCAUCAACUGGCAGUACCGGCUGGACAACGUCACCUCCUACAGCUGCACCUGCAACUUGUCCAGCCCCGGUCACAGCUCUGCAGGGAAUGACACACUGCUGCCCUUGCCCCUGCUCCCCACACAGCCUCCCACCACCCCAGAGGGGCUGAGCAGGACCCAGUGCCUGGACCGAGGUGGGCACCUCCUGGGCACCAGCUGUCAGUACGUGCCCGAUGUCACCCUCAUCUCCUUCCUGCUCUUUGGGGGCACCUUCCUCUCCUGCGCCGCCCUCAAGCACUUCAGGAGCAGCCGCUACUUCCCUGCAGGCGUGCGGAAGCUGGUGAGCGACUUCGCCAUCAUCCUGGCCAUCCUCGCCUCCUGCGCCGUCGAUGCUGCCCUGGGCCUGGAGACCCCUAAACUCCUUGUUCCCAGCGAGCUGAAGCCCACAAACCCAGCGCGGGGCUGGAUCAUCGUCCCCUUUGGAGCCAACCCGUGGUGGGUGUGCCUGGUGUCUGCAGUGCCCGCUGUCCUCGUCACCAUCCUCAUUUUCAUGGACCAGCAGAUCACAGCCGUCAUCCUGAACCGCAGGGAGUACAAGCUGCAGAAAGGAGCAGGCUUCCAUCUGGACCUCCUCUGUGUCUCCCUGCUGAUGGUUGUCACCUCUGUCACCGGCCUCCCCUGGUACGUCUCAGCCACCGUCAUCUCCCUGGCACACAUGGAGAGCCUGAGGAAGGAGAGUGAAACCUCGGCCCCUGGCGAGCACCCCGAGUUCCUGGGCAUCAGGGAGCAGAGGCUGACAGGCCUGGCUGUCUUCAUCCUGAUGGGAGUCUCCGUCUUCAUGGCCCCCGUGCUCAAGCACAUCCCGAUGCCGGUGCUGUACGGGGUGUUCCUGCACAUGGGGGUGGCGGCGCUGAACAGCAUCCAGCUCCUGGACCGCGUGCGGUUGCUCCUGAUCCCGGCCAAGCACCAGCCAGACCUCCCCUACCUCCGCCACGUCCCCCUGCGCCGGGUGCACCUCUUCACCGUCAUCCAGCUGCUCUGCCUGGCCCUGCUCUGGGUCCUCAAGUCCACCACGGCCGCGAUUAUUUUCCCGGUGAUGGGCAGCAUGCUGGGAGCGCGUGACGCGCCUCUGACUGACGCGCCCCGGGACCAAUAG